GCUGUUAAGAAGAGGCUGAAGGGCAUGCAAAAGGAGGUGGCAGAGCUUAUUGAAAAUGCUGCCGAGGUCAACGGUGAGGCUGAAACGAAUAUUGCUAACUUGACGAACCUGAACGAUGAGCUGCUUAGCUGUAUCGAAAACUGUCGGCAGACAGUUCGGAAAAAUAAGGCUGAGGGCGCGGCCGAUGGACGGUUGGGGGAAAACAGGCGCGAAGCAGCAGGGAGGACAGGGGCAAAUCAACCUGAAAAUAGGACAGUCUGGGAGGCGAGAACGGUCAUUCAACAGUUUCAGACGCUGCAGGAACAAAUCAGCAAGUCUCCGGUGAUUGAUGCGACGCAGACGCAGAACCUCGAGGUUGUUCGUGAACAGCUAGAGAACCUUCAACAGAAAAUGCAGGAACUUAUUAAUUCAAGUGUAGGUGACAAUGCUGGCGAGGUCGGC